AUGAAAAAAGUAGCUGAUAAAAUAGAUCAUUCCUCAACAUUAAGAACUAAUAUUCCUGCAGGAAUGGCUACAGCAGGCCCUCCUCUAGGACCAAUGUUGGGAACACGCAAUAUUAAUAUACCUACUUUCUGCAAGGAUUUCAAUGAACGUACUGCAAAUAUUAAGCAAGGAGUCCCCUUGCCGACCAGAGUUAAAGUUAAUGCGGAUAGAUCAUAUCAGUUAAUUAUCCAUCAGCCACCUUCCACUUAUUUUCUCAAACAAGCUGCAGGUGCAAGCAAAGGUGCAAUGGAACCAAUCAGAGAAAUUUGUGGUAAAGUAACAUUAAAACAUAUAUAUGAAAUAGCAAAAAUUAAGGCUCAAGAUCCACCUCUUGAAUGGAAACCAUUAAAGGAAAUCUGUGUAAUGCUAAUAGCAACAGCUAGAACAUGUGGUAUUGAAGUCGUAAAGGAGCUUGAUGCUAAGGAAUAUGCACAGUUUCUUGAAGAAAGGAAAAUCAAAAUUGAAGAACAAAAGAAAAUGUUACAAGAAAAGAGAGAAGCUAAAAUGUUGCGAACUGCU